AUGAGUAAGUCAAACGAGGUGCUGGAUUUCUGCAUCCGUCACAAGACUGUGUUGAGUUACAGCCUGGUGUCCCUGCUGACAGCUGUGGGCGAGCACAUCUUCUCCUCUGUGGUGUUCAAGUGUCCCUGCGAUUCUGGGAACAUGCUGUAUGCCUCCAUCUUCCUCAUAGUGCCUGCCUUCGUCCUCUUUCUUUUUGGCUACACGGUGAAUACCAGGAUAUGGCUCCUGCUGACAGGCAGCUGCCGCCUGGAGAAGGGUGGCAGCUGCAGCCCCAGGGCAACCUGCAGACGCUACUGCCAGGUGCUGGUGCCGGUGACAGCCAGAGCCUUGGUGGCCCCCCUCACCUGGAUCGCGGUGGCCCUGCUCGGAGCCAACGUCUACGAGUGCGCAGCCAGUGGGAACAGCAUGAUAAAGAACUUGGUGUGUAAAGAUAAAGGGGAAAAGUGCCACAAUCUGCUGUCCAAAACACCCUGCGACGAGAACUUGAAGACACGGGUUGAAUUCCUCAGCCUUCAGGCACAGUCACGACUGAUAGGAUUGUUCCUGAUAGCCGGCAUCACGACUGUGGCACUGGUUUCAACAUGUGUCAGUCACUGUUGGUCCCCGUUUAGCUAUCUUCAGUUCAAGUUCCAGAAAAUUUACUCGAAAACCGAACGUGAACUCUUUGAGAUCAAGGCUAAAGAGCAUGCAACCAGGCUGGCAGAAAGAAAUCUUGGCUGCUUUUUUAAAGCCACUGACCCAGCACCGUUUCAGACUCCCAGCAACAAAGACUGGCAGAUGAUUUCAUUGUUGUAUGCCUCCAGUUCAGAAGAGCAGUAUUACAGCACGCUACACAAGUACAUUAACACAAAGAGAGGCAACGCUGUCGGAAUCAGGGAAGAAGAUCAGAAUCCCUCUGUUUUAGGACUUGUGGAUGAAAUAAGUGCAAGUGAAUCAGGGUUAUAA